CUUUGGCGGCUUUGGUGCAAAAAUCCCGAAAGAAGACUGAUGAAAAGCGAAUGAAGCGACCGCGUCACAUCUUUGAUUUAUGUGUUAUGGCAGCCAACGACAAUCAUCACACCGCUCCACCUGAGCUCUGCAACUUACAUUGAAGGCAGGUUUUUCUUCUUCAUCUUCAUCUUGCUGCAGAAGUUUCCUCACAGCCAGAGCUCUGUCAGAACCUCAAGAAGUGGGCUUCAUUCCAAUUCAUUAAAGGGUCCUUGUCAUCUGACUUUGCAGACAAAGUGUGCCUGUGUUGGCACAAAAUAUUUUCCACCCUAUUUGAGUUUGUUGCUAUCACCAGCAUUUGCAAGGAUGAGGCUCGUAUCCCUGCACUGGCUGAGAGGCGUGCCCUUGGUCCUGCUGCUCCAGACGACGACUUCCAUGGUGAUGCUUCCAAACUCCACAGGUUGGGAGCAGAUUUUGGACAAGUAUCUGGACGAGGACGGCGACUGGCGGGAGGCCAAACAGAGGGGGAAGAGGGCCAUUACUGACAACGAUGCUCAGCUCAUCCUGGACCUUCACAACAAGCUCAGAGGCCAAGUUUACCCUCCCGCUUCCAACAUGGAGUACAUGGUAUGGGACACAGAGUUGGAACGUACUGCAGAGGAGUGGGCAGAGACGUGUGUCUGGGAGCAUGGUCCUGCUGGCUUGCUGCCACAGAUUGGACAGAAUCUGGGGGCACACUGGGGAAGGUAUCGUCCACCCACAUCCCACGUUCAGGCUUGGUACGAUGAAGUGAAAGACUACUCCUUCCCUUACCCUCAAGAGUGUAAUCCUUACUGUCCCUUCAAGUGCUCUGGCCCAGUUUGCACACAUUACACACAGCUGGUCUGGGCUACCAGCAGUCGAAUUGGCUGUGCAGUCAACUUGUGUUACAACAUGAACGUGUGGGGGCAGAUUUGGGCCAAGGCCAUCUAUCUUGUCUGCAACUAUUCACCAAAGGGAAACUGGUGGGGCCAUGCACCUUACAAACAUGGGACCCCAUGCUCUGCUUGUCCUCCCAGCUAUGGAGGAGGAUGCAAGGACAACCUCUGCUACAGAGCUGAAGGUGACAAUGCAAGGCAAGAGGAAAGAGAAGAGAACAACUUUAUUGAACCGGAUGUCUCCCGUACCACAAAUCCCCGGUCCCGGGCCUCCAGGCCUGAGCCUCCCAGUUUCCCUGCCCCAGCCCCCACACAGCCCCCCACAGAGGACCUGCAGAAGAAUGAAAUGGUCAACACACAGCAGAUGUCCCAGCUAGUGACCUGCGACACUAAGCUUCGGGAUCAGUGCAAAGGAACAACAUGCAAUAGAUAUGAGUGUCCAGCUGGAUGCCUAGAUGCUACGGGAAAAGUAGUCGGGACAGUGUACUAUGAAAUGCAAUCAAGUGUGUGCAGAGCCGGUCUACAUGCUGGUGUUAUAGAUAAUGAUGGAGGAUGGAUGGAUGUAACAAGGCAAGGAAGAAAGGACUUUUUCAUCAAGUCUUACAAGAAUGGAGUCCAGUCACUUGGAAAAUAUCAAAGUGCGAACUCUUUCAUAGUUUCCAGAGUGACAGUUAAAGCCAUCACUUGUGAAACCACAGUUGUGCAACUGUGUCCAUAUGAAAAGCCUGUAAGACAUUGUCCAAGGAUAUACUGCCCGAGAAACUGUUUAGAAGAGAAUCCUCACAUAUCCAGAGUAAUCGGUACCAGAAUAUACUCUGAUAAGUCCAGUAUAUGUCGGGCGGCAGUACAUGCUGGAGUCAUCAGGAACGAUGUGGGUGGUUACAUCGAUGUGAUGCCCAUGGACAACCGGAAACACUACACAGCCUCAUACCAGAAUGGCAUUUUCUCAGAGAGCCUUCGAAACCCUCCCGGAGGGAAGGCGUUCCGGGUGUUCGCUGUGAUUUGAGAGGCCCAGAGUGCGGCUUCACCAAACAAAAAAGCACACUUGUGCUGUUGAAUAGGUGGUAAUCAAGCCAUGUUGUCAAACUCAAUGACUGAAAUGUUUCUGGCUUUGCUACACUUCACGGGUUAGAGGUUGUCACUAUAGCAGCGUAAGCCCAGCAACAACAACAAAAAAAAACUUGACAUGUACGCAUUGAGAACCUGUCUUUGCUCGCUCUCGUGGAAUGAGUUUUUUGUCAACUUUAACAGGAAAUGUUAGAAACUGUAAAUAUUUCUGAUUACUUUGCUGUACAUAUGUUAAUAUAGUAUUACAUUUUGUUUUGCCUUUUUAACAAAUAUCUAUGUAUGAAUAUUGAUUAUAGAAAUUAUUAUAUGACAUUAUAAUGGCACUUCAGAAAUAAUAUCAUUUUUGUAUUAAGUCUAACACAUUUAUUGGUGCUUUGGAGAGGUGUUUUGCUAUAUUUUGUACUUUUGGAUUGGGGAAAUUUGUCAUGCAUUUAUUUUUAUAUGAUUAGAUGCUAUAUCAAUAUGACUGAAGAAUGCUGCUAUAUGUUUUAAGUAUUGUUAUUGUGUUUACCUGUUUGAUGGAUUUUGUUUGUAUUUUUUCAGAAAAUGUGGUUCAGUUAAAACUGCCUGCAGGUCAGGAAGUAUACUCAUCUCUCAGAGUUUAUCAUUCUCUAAACACAACUUCCAUGUACAUGCCUUCAUCAUGCAUUUCAUUUUACCAGAUGUCAUUGUUCCAAAGAAAAGAUUAAGUCUAAUUAGUAAUCAUCUUUGACGCUGAUAAACAGAAAUAAAAAUAUGCUACGUUUUAAAAAUGUCAAACAGUAUGUUGUACAGUAUGCUUUCUUUAAAGCUGCAGUUGUUCCA